CGGGAUUCAAUUUUUUGCAGCUUUACAAGCUUACGGUUCUUUUUCUUUUCUUUCUUCUUGGGAGACUAAGAACUUCACUUCUCUUUCACCAUCAUGGCGACCAACUCCAUCAAGUUGCUGACUGGCAACAGUCACCCGGAGCUUGCCCAGCUCGUGGCGGAUCGCCUCGGUAGCGAGUUGACCAAGAUUAUGGUUCUGCAGUACUCUAACCAGGAGACCAGCGUCACAAUCGGUGAAAGUGUUCGGGACGAAGAUGUCUUCAUUCUGCAGUCAACACGGCCCAACGAUAUCAACGACGGCCUCAUGGAACUCUUGAUCAUGAUCAAUGCUUGCAAGACUGCUUCUGCCCGCCGCAUCACUGCUGUCAUUCCCAACUUCCCUUAUGCUCGCCAGGACAAGAAGGAUAAGAGCCGUGCUCCUAUUACUGCCAAGCUCAUGGCCAAUAUGCUGCAAACUGCCGGCUGCAACCAUGUUAUCACCAUGGAUCUGCAUGCCAGCCAGAUCCAGGGUUUCUUCAACGUUCCCGUCGACAACUUGUAUGCUGAGCCCAGCAUGCUCAAGUGGAUUCGCGAGAACCUUGAUGUGAGCAACUGCGUUAUUGUCAGCCCCGAUGCCGGUGGUGCCAAGCGUGCGACUGCCAUUGCUGACCGCCUCGAUCUGCAAUUCGCCCUCAUUCACAAGGAGCGUGCCCGUCCCAACGAGGUCUCCCGCAUGGUUCUUGUCGGUAACGUCCAGGACAAGGUCGCCAUCAUCGUCGACGACAUGGCCGAUACCUGUGGCACCCUCGUCAAGGCCGCCGACACUAUCCUCCAGCACGGUGCCAAGGAAGUCAACGCCAUUGUCGUCCACGGUAUUCUCUCCGGCAAGGCCAUCGAGAACCUGAAUGGUAGCCGUCUGAACCGCCUGGUUGUGACCAACACUGUCCCCCAUGCCGAGAAGAAGGAAGCUUGCGAUAAGAUCGAGACGAUUGAUAUCAGCCCCACGCUGGCCGAGGCUUGCCGUCGUACCCAUAACGGAGAGUCCGUUAGCUUCCUCUUCUCGCACGCUGUCGCAUAAUUGCCUUUUUUUCCCCCGAAAAUCAAAUCCAAUAUCCCAAUGUCAACCAAUUUGACUUGACUACCCAGG